CUACCCCCAAAAAUUAACUAAAAUACAGGACCUCCUUUUUUAAAUAAACUUUAUUGAGCAUAAAAACAGUUACAGACAAUAGACUAGCCCUAUAUAACACUGUAAUAACAAUUAUUUGAUACACAAGCUAAAAUAUUAAAAAAAAUAAAAAAAAAUACCAAGAAGGAGAAUUAAAGAGUUAAAAUAAAUAAAUGAAUAAAUACUGUUUUCUUCAUUAAAAAGAAAGUAGCACAUUUAAUUUAAAUUUUCAGUAAAAUUGACAGAACUAUUUUAUUAAAACCAAUAAACAUGAGAAGUAUUUCUCUUCACUGUUAUGUUUUUUAUAUUAUUUUAACAUGUUUCAGAGUAAAGCAGAUUUUAAAAUAGUCGCUUUAUUCAUUUCAUGAGCACUGUCCCAAAUAAACAGAUAAAAUAAAAAUUAAAGUUAAUUUUAAAGACAACAAUAACAGAUAUAACCGCAGAUUAUUUGAAAUAUUCACCAGGGAUUCGCUACCUUCUAGAAAGAGUAAAAAAAAAAAAAACUAAAAAAAAACACCAAUUUCCUUCGAGAACUUUCAGGACACCGUUUCCCACAAUGCAAUGUUUUGUAGUCAUUAAGGCGGCUUGCAGCCAGAGCUGCGCAGGGCCGGCUUUAUGACUCAUCCCGGAAGUAGCUCCAUCCGACGAUGCUGACCUUCAGUUUCACGCUAGUACGACAUGGAGAGACACAAUACAACCGAGACAAACUACUACAAGGUCAAGGAGUGGACACCCCUCUGUCAGAGACCGGCAUGCUGCAGGCUGAAGCAGCAGGACAGUAUCUCAAAGACAUCGCUUACAGUAAAGUGUUUGUCAGUAACUUGCAGCGGGCGGUGCAGACGGCGGAAAUUAUCCUGAGAAACAACGCUCACUGUUCCGACAUGGAGCUGACUCUGGAGCCGUUACUAAGAGAAAGGGGAUUUGGCGUUGCUGAAGGACGCCACAAAGAGGAUCUAAAGAACAUGGCGAACGCUGCUGGUCAGUCGUGUCGGGACUACACGCCACCAGGUGGAGAGACGUUAGAGCAGGUGAAACAAAGAUUCAAAAAGUUCCUCAAAGUCCUUUUAAAGCAGAUGCUUGAGGAUCACAGCCCGUCCGACCCAGACUCCGGUCCGGCAGCCUCGUCCCCCGGAGGAGCGGCAGACGGGUCUGGAGCGAGCGACGGCCUUCAGGGAGUCGGCGUCCAUGUGCUGGCGGUGAGUCACGGGGCUUACAUUCGCGUGGCCACCAGGCACCUCGUGGAGGACCUGAAGUGCAGCUUACCGGCGGGGGUGAAGGUGUCACAGCUCUUCUCCCCGUGCCCCAACACGGGCAUCAGCCGCUUCGUCAUCACGGCGAGCCGCUCCGAGCGCGGGCCGGCGCUCAGCGACGCCCGGUGCGUUUUCACCAACAGAAAACAUCACCUAGAAAACCUCACUGAGUAAAUCAAAGAGUUUGAAUGUUACGAUAAUCACCUUACCAAAACAGAAUUGAUUAUGAGACAGUUUCAACUCUAAUCAAGUUAGGACUCUCUUAGGGCCAUUAUUUAUCUAAACAAGUGUCUCCGCAUUUUAAUGUUUGAUGCACUUAAAGGCUGCUGUGCAAAGCUUGUGCAAUAUCGUAUAAAACACUGAAAAUGAGUUUUACAUUUCACGUUUCUUGGAGAUGCAAAUUGCACAUUUCAGAGCAUUGCGUGGAUCUGUUGCAGAUUCACAAACGUUUGUUUACUUGAUCAAACAGAGAAAUCUGUUCGUGCUUUAAUGGAUUCUGCAAACUGAAAGCUGGUCAGAGCCAAGACGGAUUUCAGAUUUUUAUUUUUUUGUCAUUGCUUCUGGCUGUCUGCGCGAUGAGAUUCACAUUUAUGCUCUAAAAAAAUAUGUUGUAAAAGAAUCCAGUGUUUAAAAGUUCCAUCCAGCUUUUAUUGAUUAAAAGUGGAAAUACAAACACUCA